UCAAAAGACCGUUUGUUUCUCUGUUCCUUUCUCGCUUUCUCUCUCCUCUCCUGGAAAUUCGAAUUCUUUUCUUCGUUCAUUUUCUCUGUUUUUGGAUUCGUGUGAUUUCCAGCUCCACAUCUGUUGAAUCUCCUGUAUCGGGGUCGGAUCUGCACCUUCCUCGCCUUUGAUUUUCUGGGUUCUGAUUCUGUUUUUUUUUUCCGGGCGGUGUUUUGUAUCCGAAUUCGCAUUAGGGUUUCGUGGGUUUUGUUUGGAUUUUGCUCCGGGAGUUCUCGGAUCUGCAUAAGGGUUUCGUGUUCUUGAGCUUUCGUCUUGGUUUUCCACCGCUGGAGAUGGAUAAUCCGGAGUGCGUAAGAGUCGCCGUCAAUAUUCGUCCAUUGAUUACACCUGAGCUUCUCAACGGGUGCACAGAUUGCAUCACCGUCGUUCCGGGUGAGCCGCAGGUUCAAAUUGGAUCACAUUCUUUCACAUACGAUUUCGUGCUUGGUAGUUCUGGAUCUCCUUGUUCCAGAAUCUAUGAUAGUUGUGUGGCUCCGCUGGUCGAGGCAUUAUUCAAAGGAUACAAUGCCACGGUUCUGGCAUACGGGCAGACUGGUUCGGGAAAGACUUAUACGAUGGGCACUAAUUAUAAUGGCGAAGGAACAAACAUGGGUGUCAUACCGAGGGUGAUGGAGGAUAUAUUUAAAAGGGUCGAAACAACCAAAGACUCGACAGAAUUUUUGAUACGGGUUUCAUUCAUCGAGAUUUUCAAGGAAGAAGUUUUCGACUUGCUUGACUCAAACUCAAUUGCAUCCUUGAAAAGUGAAGUGGCAGCUCAGUCAAAGCCAACUGCUCUCUCAAGGCCUCCUAUUCAAAUAAGAGAAACUGCAAGUGGGGGAAUCACCCUAGCUGGUGUUACCGAAGCCGAAGUUAAGACAAAAGAGGAGAUGGCCUCGUAUCUAGCACGGGGUUCAAUGUCGCGUGCUACUGGCAGCACAAAUAUGAAUAGCCAGUCAAGCCGUUCUCAUGCCAUUUUCACAAUCACCGUGGAACAAAAGAAGACUUCAAGUUGUUCUUCCAUUACAACUGAUGAUGCUGGUGAUGACAUAUUGUGCGCAAAGCUUCAUUUGGUCGACUUAGCGGGGUCUGAACGGGCAAAGCGAACGGGGGCUGAUGGCAUGCGCCUGAAAGAAGGAAUUCACAUCAACAAAGGCCUAUUAGCACUCGGGAACGUGAUAAGUGCUCUAGGUGAUGAUAAAAAAAGAAAGGAAGGAGCUCACGUUCCGUACCGUGACAGCAAGCUAACCCGUUUGCUCCAGGAUUCUCUUGGAGGCAACAGUAAGACGGUGAUGAUUGCUUGUGUCAGUCCAGCUGAUACAAAUGCUGAGGAAACAUUGAACACAUUGAAAUACGCAAAUCGGGCUAGAAACAUUCAAAAUAAAGCAGUUAUAAAUCGGGACCCAUCGGCUGAACAAAUUCAAAGAAUGCGGAGCCAAAUUGAGCAACUGCAGUCAGAACUCUUGUUUUAUCGAGGUGAUGGAACUGCAUUUGAUGAGCUUCAGAUUCUCAAGCAAAAGGUAUCAUUGCUAGAAGCAAGCAAUAAUGAGCUGCAACGGGAACUUCAGGAAAGGAGAGUCGCCUGCGAGCAUUUAUCAAAGCGUGCUUAUGAUUCUCAGGUUGAAAAGGACAAACUUAUAAUGACUAUUGAAUCUGUUCGCAAUGGUAAAUCUCUGGAUGAGAUUGAAUCAUGUCCGAACCAGGAUUUUGAUUUGCUGAAAACCUAUGUCUCAAAAAUUCAAGAGUUAGAAGGAGAAUUGCUGCAUAUCAAAAGUUUGAAGAACCCCAAGAAAUUUCAAUAUGUUGAUUCUGUUGAUUCUGAUGAUGAUGGGCUCCGCUCGGGGAAUGUCUUGUUCCCAACAUCUAACGUGUCAUCCGAUUGCGAAGACAUAGUUAUUGAUGUUUCAGAUGCAGAUGAAAUUGAAUUUCGUGAAAAGGAGCUUGAACAUUGUUCACUUCAAGAAAAGCUAGACAGAGAGCUAAAGGAAUUGGAUAAGAGGCUUGAAGAAAAGGAGGCUGAAAUGAAACAUUACUCAAACGCUGAUACAUCGGUUAUCAAGCAACACUAUGAGAAGAAAGUACAUGAAUUGGAAGAUGAGAAAAGAUCAUUGCAGAAAGAAAUUGAAGAUCUGAGGCAGAAACUUGCUAGCAUAUCAUCUACUUCAGGUGAUGCUGCCUGGAAACUUAAGGAAGAGUAUCUUCAGAAGCUGAACAUGCUUGAGGCUCAGGUUUCUGAGCUGAAGAAGAAACAAGAUGCACAAGCUCAGCUCUUGAGGCAAAAACAGAAAAGUGACGAGGCAGCAAAAAGACUGCAUGAUGAGAUACACAGAAUUAAGUCUCACAAGGUGCAAUUGCAGCAAAAGAUUAAGCAAGAGUCAGAACAGUUCAGGGUUUGGAAGGCAUCAAGAGAAAAGGAAGUCCUGCAGCUCAAGAAAGAGGGAAGAAGAAAUGAGUAUGAGAUGCACAAACUCAUGGCUUUGAAUCAAAAACAGAAAUUGGUUUUACAAAGGAAGACAGAAGAGGCUGCUCAAGUCACGAAAAGGCUAAAAGAACUUUUAGAAACUCGGAAAGCUUCUUCACGCGAAACAUCAGGUGCUGCAAGUCUUAAUGGUCCUGGAACUCAGGCAUUAAUGCAAGCUAUUGAGCAUGAACUCGAAGUCAUAGUACGGGUUCACGAAGUCCGUUCCGAAUAUGAGAGGCAAAUGGAAGAGAGAGCAAGAAUUGCCAAAGAAAUUGCUAGACUAAAGGAAGAAAAUGAAAUGCUCAAGAAUGCUAAAAUUACCAGGGAUCACAGCCAAACAAUGUCUCCGGGUGCAAGAAACUCGAGAAUUUUUGCUCUCGAGAAUAUGCUUAAAACUUCAUCGAAUACUUUGGUCUUCAUGGCAACACAGUUAUCUGAAGCAGAAGAACGUGAACGUGUAUUUAGUGGAAGAGGACGCUGGAACCAUGUUCGGUCUCUAGGUGAUGCAAAGAGUAUCAUGAAUCAUCUGUUCAAUCUGGUAUCCUCUUCAAGGUGUCUAGCCCGGGAUAAAGAAGUCGACUGCAGAGAAAAAGAUAUUCAGAUAAGAGAUCUGAAAGUUAAAGUAGUAAAGCUUAGCAGUUUGGCUAGACAUCUGGAAAUGCAGAAAGCAGAACUCCUUCAUCAAGUGAAGGCACAGAGCUCUGCUUUGAAACAACAUUCGGAGGAUAACCUAAAUGGUGGGCGCAAGCAUGGCCUGAAAAAACAGGAUCCCCGGAAAUCGGUUGUUAUAGUAGAGGAUAUGGAUAUCUCUGAUUCAGAAGAAUCUGAGCAUGAAUGGGAAGACCCGGAUGACGACGAGUGGAUUGCAUCGGGCAAGAAGCAGAAUAAGAAAAGAAGUUUCAAAGUGGGACGACGUCUGAGUGUGGCAUUGAAGCGAUCAGACUACGAGACUUCAGAAAGCUUGGAAGACUCGGGAGCCGAACCAAAAGGAACCACCGCUGCUGUUUGCUGCACAUGCUCCAAGAGCUCUCUGUGCAAGACAAUAAAAUGCCAAUGCCGAGCUGUCAACGGAGCUUGUGGAGCAUCAUGUGGUUGUUCAGCAAAAAGAUGCUCCAACAGAUCUGAAGACGGAAAAGAGAAUGAUUCGGUGUCACAAUUGGAGGCAUCGGAUAAUGGGGAGAAUUCGCAAGAAUCUGAUGAAACGGAAGGUGAUCGAGCCCUUGCUUCACGUGGAGCUAGACUGCUACGGAAUGCCUUUGCUGACAAGGCAGCCGAGACCAAUGGUGAUGAUGGCGCUACAUCAAGGAGAAAACCUCUAUCAGACAUAGGAAACACAACGGGAAAGUCGAAUGUGCCAAAGCCGAAUCAGAGAAAGAAAUGGAAGAAGACAGUGCUCCAGCUUGUUCCAGUGGCUCCACCUCCAUCACGAGACGAACCGAACAAUACACUGCCUGUGAAAACCGAAGCAUUGAGAAAAGCCGAAAGUUCAGAAGCAGAGUCCAACACCAUCGGUCUGAAGCUACCGAGGGCGAUGAGGUCAGCAUCUUCAAACGGAAUCAACUUGUUGAGGGAGAGGAAUUCUGGCCGAACCAAUGGCUCGGGAGUUAACAAAGAAGUUGGUGCUGGUGAUGUUAGUGUUGAGCAGACCAGUUCGGUUCAGCCAAGUAGAAGUUCAGACGAGAAGGAAAACCACAGUCGCCCAUAGACAAUGUAAGAAAGACCGAUCCAACACUGUUACAGUUGGAUUUUCAUGUCUUGUAAGCUUUGUAUGCCAGUUUCCUGAGGGUGUAAUCUCAAUUAACAUUUGAAACUAUGUCAUUGAUUGGGCACAGGAAGCGACAGACAUCUACUCUUGAAAAACUUCUUAGACAAACCCCCCGAAAGUUCAAGAGUUUUACGAUU